GGCGGAUUUACAGAAUCGUUCGUCGCGACAUAAUCACGUGCGUCGCACGAACAGCGACCUAGGGGGGCAGAGGUUGCUCCAAUGGGACACGAGGUCAGGAUACGUUCACAAUUAUCGUAGGAUGCUGUCAACUCCAUCGCCGAUCAAGACGAGACCGCCCAGGCUCAGCCCGAGGCACUCCUCCCAUGAUAUCGUUACGCUCAGAAGUAACGCGAAAGGGAGGAGUUCUCGGACAAAUUUGAGGCGGUCGCUUAGCCAGCCACUGGGAAUCAAUCAGCUCUCGCCGCUGAUGCGCGCCAAAACCGCAGUAGGCGCAAGAUUACCCGGUGGCAACGUGCUAUCAGAGGACGAGCAGGAUGGAAGAGCCGGAACAUCGGAAGACGACGAGAUGAUGUCCGAUUCCGAAUCUUCGAUCACUUCUUUGACGGAUAAGAAGAAAUCGUUUGAGCAGACGAUGGAUGAAGAAAUCGUCAUGUUGGCCGAGGCUGUUUGGGAUCAUGUGGCGAUGGAGCCGGAGGAACUGGCUUUUCGCGCCGGGGAUGUCAUCGACGUCCUCGAUACACUGGACAGGGAUUGGUGGUGGGGCAGCUGCAGAGGAGAGCACGGAUGGUUUCCGGCCGCUUUUGUCAGGUUGCGCGUGAGCCAAGAAGAUACGGUGGAGGAUUGUCUGGCCGCGAUGGCCUCGGGAGGAUCCUCGGGUACUCAACUUAGAAGGCGGACGAGCGUCUCCCUGCUCUCGAACGAGCAAGUGAGGACCAGCGUGGUCCGCGAGCUCGUCCAGACCGAGCGCGACUUCGUCAAGGUCCUACGCGACGUGGCCGAGGGUUACAUCGCGGAAUGCCGCAGGCGCACGGACAUGUUUACCGAGGAGCAGAUCGAGACGAUCUUCAUCAACCUCGAGGAACUUCUAGACUUUCAGUCUGAGUUUCUGAAGGAUCUCGAGGACCGCAUCGACUGGAACGCGCCAUACAAAAGCUGCAUCGGCGAAUGCUUCCUCAAUCAUAGGGCGGGUUUUCGAAUGUAUUCCGAGUACUGUAACAGUCACCCAAUGGCCACGGCGACGCUGCAGGAGCUCUACCAUCACAAUCGUUAUAGCAAAUUUUUCGAGGCUUGUCGACUGAUGAGGGGUCUCAUCGAGAUCCCCUUGGACGGCUAUUUAUUGACGCCCAUCCAACGAAUAUGCAAAUAUCCCCUUCAAUUGGCAGAGUUACUGAAAUAUACGAAGACCGAUCAUCCGGAUUAUCACAAGAUCCAAGAGGCCUUGGAAGCGAUGAGAGACGUCGCGGUAUUGAUCAAUGAGAGAAAAAGGCGGAUGGAAAGUUUGGAGAAAUUGGCCGCAUGGCAAAUGCGCGUAGAAGGUUGGGAGGGUGAGGAUCUCAUAGAAGUUUCGUCGCAACUUAUUUAUCAAGGUGAUGCGAUGAGAGUGAAGACUGGCAUGUGGACGAAUAACAUCACAUUAUUCCUCUUCGAUCAUCAACUGGUCUACUGCAAGAAGGACAUUCUCAAGCGCGACACCUACGUCUACAAAGGUCGCAUCUAUCUCGACACCAGCGAGGUCAUUGAUGUGCCUGACGGAAAAGACCUUCAAUCAGGGGUGACAGUGAGGCAUUGCCUAAAGGUAUACAGCUGCGUCCGGGACAAAUGGUUGCUUUUCUGUUGCCGCACAGCGGAGGAGAAACGGCGGUGGCUAGCGGCGAUGGCCGAGGAACGAAGGCUAGUGGCUAAAGACAGAAACGACGGAUUGGAGUUUCCAGCAGCAGCUAGGCAGCUCGCCAGGCUUGCCGCUAACAGACAGCAGAACAGACCACCGAUCAAACCUCGCAACAAAGCAUAUAAGAGAGAAUCGGCGUACGAGAUGCCGACGACAAUGGUCGGUCAAGGCACCACGAAUUCGCUGGGACGGAAGGUUGGGACCUGGUUCAUGUUUGGUAGCAGCAAGAAGAGCACGCGGCUUCAACCGUCCUGAGACAGGCCCACCUUCGUACCGUAUAUUGACCUAUAAAGCUGCGGCUAACGACGCUGCAUCGUCCUGUCGAAAUCCUGGCGCGAGAUACCCCGAUCUUCGUCGCUUCGAAACUUAGGAGCCUUUGCGAGCAGGCAUUUGAAUUCCGGUCAGGGUAAUACUGUUUAUUGUAUGUGACUGGUCGUGGAAAUUAUUCUCUAAGCAUCGAUGAACGAGCCACUAUGAUUUCGCUAGGAUUUCGUAGCACCGAGGAUGAACAGCGCGCCUCGUCAUAUGUACGGCACGAAGGUGUUUAGAUAAUUCAUAAGUAGAUUUUGUCCGACGAAGUAUACCUCUUCUUCUAAGGCAGGGAAAGUAAUCGCUAUCGAUUUUGUCGACCGAUUUUGAUCAUUGUCCAUGAACAGCGAUCCGCAAAAUAGAAGAAACUUCCAAUGAUUUUUCACUCACUGCCUCUCUCACAGAAAGCAGACGUUUCUCUCUAUCAAGCAGAUAUCAUCGUCCACUUUAGAUACUUGCAGACAAAAGUCGCUCAUUAUGCCUAACCAGGAUUUUGUGAGUCUUCGAAUCGGUGCUUGCCUAACUCUUAGAUCUUAAAGCAAUGUUCGAUCAUCUUCAACGUGACGUUACGAUGGUGCCCAGUCUGAGAAGCACCGUCCAAAGAAAGAACGUUUCGGAGAAGAAAAAUAUUUGUUAUGAGCUGAGAGAGGUGUAUAAUCGCUCUUGUAGAUAUUUGGCGUUAAAAAUUACCGUUAAUAAUAGCGGACACGAGAGUAGAUUAGGGAAGUAGAGACAUUUAGAGAAGUAGAUAGUCUAUAAAUGUAUAAAGUCAAUAGCGGGCUUCUGAAGUACUAAAGAGAAAGUACUAGUCAUUCGUCAUCGCGAAUUCUUGAUGAACGCCGAUGAAACAUGAUAUAUAUAUGAUAUAUUGUUACACGCGCAAUCGCUUUUUGGGUCGAAAAGCUGGCAUGGUACGUCACACGGCUGUAUUUUUUAUGAUAAUCGAAAGACUGACAACUGAGAUGCUUCCUCGGGAGGAAACCUUGAGGUUGUAAUCUUGAGAGAGAAAUGCGACGGGAUCGAUUAGGAAAUAUAUCUGAAUUGAAUUCGUUAAACGAGCUUCGCCUUUCGUCUAGAUUAUUUGAUCGUUAUUUCGAAAAUUAUUUUGUCGACCAAUUUUACGUACAACGAGAACUAAUAGCACGUACACAGUUCUACGCAAGCGUCAACAAGUUCGAUCACAAAAAUCUACAUGUUGAUUGAUUUCGCGAGGAAAUUCUGAUCGGCCGAUUCCGCACACCACUUUUCUCUCAACGAAAAUGUAGAUGUAUUUCGUAGAGAAAAUCUCCAGCGAGCUAUACAAGGUAACUCUUACUGCCUAACUAAUGUUCGUUAUUUCGCAUCGUAAUCAUAAUAUUUGUAGUAGUUUGUACGAAGUUGCGAACGACGGGAAGACAAGAAGACGAGAGGCUGAAACGCGAGGGCGAAGGA